UGUGAUUCCUAGCCUGCUGCGGUCGACUACCUCCGAGCCAGGGAGUAGGGUAUCAGACACGACACGGAGACGCGCUCGCACAGAGAGAGAGAGAGAGAGAGAGAGAGGGGUUUAAGGGCAAAGGGGUUUCCGGAGCAAGAGUUUGCUUCUCUUCUUCUUCCCCAGUUCCCCCUUAAGACGAUACGGGAGGAAGAAGUCUCGAACCUUGCUCCCUCAUCGCUCUGCCUCCUUCCCCACGGGGCGUUCAAGUUCCAUCUAUCUGCUGAGAGGUUUGAAGAGCCCCUUCAUUUGUUCCUGCACAGCUCCGUCUUCUCGGCCCACAGCCACCCCUAGGGUUUGCAUUCUCUUAUUCCUUUUGCUACUACUCUCAUCCAUCCAUUCCUUCGUGGGGGCCUCACCCGGAACCAUGAGUUUCGCGGCCCUCAAGAUGAUGCAUUGGGCCACCGGAGUGGAGCACUGUGCCACCGGCUUCAUCACCCAUCCCUCCUCCGACUCCCUGCUUCCCGCCGCUCCGAUACACGGUGACGAUCCCGACUCCGAGUGGCCGCAGCCGCCCCCUAGCAAAGUUUUUGCUCCCCUUCCCGACCUUGUCUUGACGGCGGGCAAUGUGCUCGAACUUUACGCUGUUAGGAUACAAGAAGAGGACAGCCGGUCCUCCCGCCUUUCUGGUGAUCCUCCUUCGGACUCCAAACGUGGCGGUGUCAUGGACGGAAUCUCUGGCGCAUGUUUGGAACUCAUUUGCCAUUACAGAUUGCAUGGUAAUGUGAUUAGCAUGGCGAUUCUGUCACUUGGUAACGAUGGUGGUCAUCGGAGAAGAGAUUCCAUCAUUGUUGCAUUUCAAGAUGCCAAGCUUUCUGUGCUGGAGUAUGACGAUUCAAUUCAUGGGCUCCGCACAAGCUCCAUGCACUGCUUUGAGGGGCCUGAAUGGCAGCAUCUCAAGCGAGGCCGUGAAAUAUUUGCAAGGGGUCCUCUUGUCCAUGUUGAUCCACUUGGAAGAUGUGGAGGUGUUCUUCUGUACGAUUGUCAGAUGCUUAUACUUAAAGCUGCACAGGCUGGUUAUGGCCUGGUUGCAGAUGAAGAGAUACAUGGUUCUGGUUCUGCUAUCGCUGUCCGAGUUGAGUCAUCUUAUGUAAUUGGCUUGCGUGAUUUAGACAUGAAGCACAUAAAGGAUUUCAUAUUUAUUAAUGGUUAUAUAGAGCCUGUAAUGGUUAUUCUUCACGAGAAGGAAUUGACUUGGGCUGGAAGUAUCUCCUGGAAGCAUCACACUUGUAUGAUAUCAGCACUCAGCAUAAAUACAACAUUGAAACAACACCCUCUUAUAUGGUCUGCUUUUAAUCUACCUCAUGAUGCAUACAAGCUUCUUGCUGUACCUUCUCCCAUUGGUGGUGUGCUUGUGAUCUGUGCAAAUAGUAUUCAUUAUCACAGCCAGUCUGUAUCUUGUGCGCUUGGCCUCAAUGAUUUAUUUGUGAUGGAUGAAAGCAGCCAUGAUAUGCCAAAGUCACAUAUUAAAGUAGAGCUUGAUGCUGCAAAUGCUACAUGGCUAUCUAAUGAUGUUGCAAUGUUUUCGACAAAGACAGGAGAAUUGCUCUUAGUGACAUUGGUAUAUGAUGGCAGGAUUGUGCGGAGACUUGAGCUUUCCAAGUCUAGAGCCUCUGUUUUGACAUCGGCCAUCACAACGAUUGGGACUUUGUUCUUUUUCCUUGGAAGCCGGUUAGGAGACAGCUUGCUUGUGCAAUACAGUUCGGAUGUUGCUUCCUCAGGUUCAACUUCUGCGAAUGGAAAGGAUGAGGGUACAGAUAUUGAGGGAGAUGCUCCUUUUGCAAAGCGUUUGCGUAGAUCUUCUUCUGAUGGUUUGCAUGAUGGGAGUGGAGAGGAGCUCUCCUUUUAUACAUUGGCACCAACCAGCACAGAGUCAAAUCAGGCAAAAAACUUUUCUUUUGCAGUGAGGGAUUCACUGAUAAAUGUUGGUCCAAUAAAAGAUUUCUCAUAUGGACUGAGGGCUAAUGCUGAUCCAAAUGCCAGUGGAAGUGCAAAACAAAGUAACUAUGAAUUGGUUUGCUGCUCUGGUCAUGGAAAAAAUGGUGCUCUUUGUGUACUUCAGCAGUCAAUACGCCCGGAACUGAUAACUGAGGUUGAGCUGCCGGGUUGCAAAGGCAUUUGGACUGUGUACCACAAAAGUACUCGAUCACACAGCAUGGACUCAUCAAAAACUGUGGUGGAAGACGACGAGUUUCACGCAUACCUCAUUAUCAGCCUGGAGAAUCGAACGAUGGUUCUUGAGACAGCUGAUCUGUUGGGAGAAGUGACAGAAAAUGUGGACUACUAUGUACAAGGCAGUACAAUAGCUGCUGGUAACCUUUUCGGAAGGCGCCGAGUUGUUCAAAUUUAUGCACGUGGUGCUAGAAUUCUUGAUGGGGCUUAUAUGACCCAAGAGGUGAGCUUUGGGGCUAAUUCAGAUUCUAAUGCUACUCUUGAUAAUCCAGCCGUUUGUUCAGUUUCUAUAGCAGAUCCAUACGUUUUAUUGAGGAUGACCGAUGGAAGUAUCCAGCUUCUUAUUGGAGACCCUGAGACAUGCACCGUGUCAAAAAAUGUCCCUAUGAUAUUUGAGAAACCUGUGGGUUUGGUUUCAUCUUGCACUCUUUAUCAUGACAAGGGCCCUGAGCCUUGGCUUCGGAAGACUAGUACAGAUGCAUGGCUUUCUACUGGUGUGUCUGAAGCAGUUGUUGGAAGUGAUGGUCCACUUCAUGAUCAAGGAGAUAUAUACUGCAUCAUAUGUUAUGAAAGUGGAACUCUUGAAUUUUAUGAGGUCCCGGGUUUCAAGUGUGUCUUUACAGUGGAUAAGUUUGCCUCUGGGAUCAGCCAUUUGGUUGAUGCAUGUGUUCGUGAAACAACACAUAAUCUUCAGAAUGUUAAAGAUGGUGAUGAACAGGUUAAGGAGACUGUGCAGAACAUUAAGGUUAUGGAAUUGUCUAUGCACAAAUGGGCGGGGCAGCAUGCUUGUCCUUUUUUAUUUGCUAUACUUACUGAUGGUACCGUUCUCUGCUAUCACGCUUACCUCUAUGAAGGUCAUGAAAAUACACGUAAAACUGAUGGGCAAUUCUCUACUGACAUCGAAGUUGAUGUUGGUAGUAUAAGUACUUCAAGGCUAAGGAAUUUAAGGUUUGUUCGUGUUUUCCUGGAAUCUUUGACAAGGGAAGAAUCAUCUGGAGGAAAGUUUUCCCAACGUAUUACUGUUUUUAAAAAUAUUGGUGGUUGUCAAGGCUUAUUUCUUGCUGGAUCAAGACCCGCAUGGUUUAUGGUAUGCAGGGAACGCCUUCGAAUACAUCCCCAGCUCUGCGAUGGGGCAAUUGUGGCAUUCACUGUUCUUCAUAAUGUAAAUUGCAACCAUGGGCUUAUAUAUGUCACCUCACAGGGCUUCCUUAAAAUAUGCCAGCUACCAUCUGCACUUAACUAUGAUAAUUAUUGGCCAGUUCAGAAGAUCCCUUUGAAAGGCACACCUCAUCAAGUCACUUACUUUGCAGAGAAGAAUCUUUAUGCACUUAUAAUAUCUGUUCCUAUUUUGAAGCCACUAAAGAAUGUUCUUUCUUGUUUGGUUGAUCAAGAAGCUAGCCAACAAUUAGAGCAUGAUAACCUAAGUUCUGAAGAGAUGCAUAGAUCUUAUGCAGUAGAUGAAUUUGAGGUGCGCAUUUUGGAACCAGAAAAGUCUGGAGGACCUUGGGAAACAAGGGGUGUGAUUCAUAUGCAAAGUUAUGAAAAUGCACUGACUGUACGCAUGGUGUCAUUAUUUAAUACUUCCACAAAAGAAAAUGAAACACUUUUGGCAAUUGGGACAGCUUACGUACAAGGGGAAGAUGUGGCAGCAAGAGGACGUAUAUUGUUGUUCACUAUGGGGAAAAGUAAUGACAAUAAUCAGAACUGGGCUGUGGAGGUCUACUCAAAAGAGUUAAAAGGAGCAAUUUCUGCUUUAGCUUCCCUUCAAGGUCAUUUGCUGAUAGCUUCUGGUCCAAAAAUUAUAUUGCACACGUGGAGUGGUACAGAAUUGAAUGGUGUUGCUUUCUUUGAUGCCCCUCUGUACGUUAUGAGCUUAAACAUUGUAAAGAAUUUUAUCCUUUUGGGUGAUAUCCACAAAAGCAUAUACUUUCUCAGUUGGAAGGAACAGGGAGCUCAGCUUAGCUUGCUUGCAAAGGAUUUUGGAUCUCUUAAUUGUUUUGCAACUGAGUUUUUAAUAGAUGGAACUACACUCAGCCUUGUUGUUUCGGAUGAUCAGAAAAAUAUUCAGAUCUUCUACUACGCUCCAAAAAUGGUUGAGAGUUGGAAAGGGCAGAAGCUUCUCCCAAGAGCUGAGUUUCAUGUUGGUGCCCAUGUGACAAAGUUUCUGCGGUUGCAGAUGCUACCGACCUCUGCGGACCGACCUGUAGUUUCUGGUGCUGAUAAACCUAAUCGAUUUGCUUUGCUUUUUGGUACAUUGGAUGGCAGUCUUGGUUGUAUUGCACCACUUGAAGAAAGCACAUUCCGCAGGCUUCAUAUGCUACAGAAAAAGCUAGUAGACGCUGUUCCUCAUUUGUGUGGGUUGAACCCGAGAUCGUUCCGGCAAUUCCAACAUAAUGGAAAGGCUCAUCGACCUGGCCCUGAUAACAUUGUGGACUGCGAGCUUCUUUGCCACUAUGAGAUGCUGCCCUUGGAGCGGCAGUUGGAGAUUGCACAAUUAGUUGGAACGACUCGUUCUCAGAUCCUGACUAAUUUGAAUGAUCUUAAUCUUAGUACGAGUUUCUUAUAGCUUCUUUGGUUCAGUCAUGCAAGAAUGAACUGGGUAGGCAACCUCCUGUAGCUAGUCGAGCGAAAUGUCAGUCUUCUUGCCAAGCUGACAUUGUAUCUCAUCAAGUGAAUUCAAGCAGUUUUUUGUGCGAGACAAAAAAUCAGCCACGUUGCAGACUGAGGCAUACCACAUCUAGUAAUUUCUCAUGAGUCCCAGGAGAGGUUGUUCCAAUCUUCAAGGUGCAAGCUUUACAACUUCUGUGGAUGAUUGUGACUGUUCAAUGUUAUUGUGGUCAGUGUCAUUGAGGGAGGGUUGAAUUCAAUUUUCGAACACUGCUCAGUUUCAGUGCCAAAGAGAGCCCAACCACAUCUUCAUUGAAACCUGUACAAGAUGCGUGGCCAUCUGACUUCAUUGGGCCUGCAACGGGCAUCUGGCAAAACCUUUAGAAAAAUUUCACUUUGUAUUGUAUCAUUCAUCAAAAGGAUUUGGACUGUUAUCUGUUGUGUAAAUGUGAAUUGAUGUGAAUGGGAAAGAAAAAAGGGCUAAAAAAUGCUAUUCUGGCAGCUACGUCAGACAGGACUUGGUCAUAGGUGCUUUAAGCUACGACCUUGGGCCAGGACCCGAAGCACCGGUUUUUUUGCUAUGGCAUAAAGCCUCUAUGUUGGCUGCUGGUUUUGAGUGUUCCUUUAGAAUGUUGUUCAUUUGGCUUUACCCUCGCAGAAAACAGUCGACCGAUGGGGUGCCGAAUUGUUUAAAGAAGAAAGAGGAACAGAAACAUGUAACGUUUUCCUGUAUGUGAAAAGGAUGGAAAAUGAACGUUGUUUUC